AUGCUAUUACUCAAAGGCACGAUCAAGAAUCCAGCUUACACAUCUACCACCACUGACUUUGUGAAUGCUUGUGCGGAAGUGCUCAUCUCCAACUAUAUGCUAUUGACGCCCGAUGAUUUUGAAAAAUGGGAAGACGAUCCUGAAGCAUGGGUCCAUUCUGUCGACGCCGAAAACUGGGAAUUCGAAUUGCGCCCUUGCGCAGAAGCCACCUUCCUCUGCUUGCUUUCACAAAACCGAGAGCAGUUGUGCCCUAUCAUUUUGAAUCUGGUAGAAAAAGUGGCCACUGUCAAUGAUUAUCAUGCCCUGCUUUUGAAAGACGGUGUGUAUGCAGCCAUCGGUCUCGGUGUGCAAUCACUGUACGGUCGUCUGGACUUUGAAAACUUUGUCAUGAACCGAUUAAUUCCAGAAGUUAUGAACAAAGAUCCGACUUUCAAGAUCCUUCGUCGAAGAAUUGCGUGGGUAUUGGGCAAAUGGGUCACGGAAGGCAUCAGUGCUGAUGGUCGAGUGGCUAUAUACGAGGCUCUUUUGCAAAUGAUGGGAGAGGAAGAAGAUCUUGUUGUGCGCAUCACAUCGGCACACAGCUUAAAGAUGGCCAUCGACGAUUGGGACUUUGACAUUAGCCUUUUGUUACCGUAUUUGGACCGUGUCAUGGAUGGAUUACUCCGUCUUUUAGCCGUGGUGGAAGAAUCGGACACUGUGAUGAAACUUGUUUCCGAUCUCAAUACCGUCAUGGAUCGUACCGGCCGUGAGACAAUUCCUUACGCUUCGAAAAUCAUCCAAUUGCUGAUGCCCUUGUGGGAUCGCGGCCAAAGUGAGCCUCUCUUCCAGCAAGCGCUUAUUGUCACGUUUACAAAGAUCUCUGCUCCAGCGCAUGUUUAUCUACUGGAAGAUGCGCUUGAUCUGUGGUGGACAUUGUUGCAAUGCGCACCCAACGGCAACACCCAGCUAUUCUUGCUAUUUCCUGUCGCCAUUGAUUUGAUGGAUUACGAUACAGAAAACUUGCGCAAAAUAUUUAAAAUCAUCGAGAGCUAUCUUUUAUUGAAUCAUCAAUUAGCUGUUCAACAAUGUGGAUCUGCGUUACUUUCGCGCUUGGGAUACUACGUGAUGAAUUCUCGUGAGGAAGUGGCUUCCAGUGUUGCGCACAUCAUUGAUCUCUUUAUCAAAGUCACGCCAUUGAAAUCCGCCGCAGAUGGCUUGGUACAAUCAGGUGUAUUGGGCAAUGUGUUGCAAACAUUUCUGCAGGGACAGAUGUAUGCUUACGCAUUGGUGACCUACAUGUCUCUGUUUGCACGGUUGGCUAUUCACGAUGCUAAUUUUGUGAUCCAAUUUAUCACCGCCGCUGGACAACAACUCGAUCCUACAGCGGCUGAUUUCUUUGGCGAUGUCCUGGAUAAAUGGAUGGAUAAGGUGCGUUAUCGUCAUCACAGUCGCGGAGGAGCCAUUCACAAAAGGCUUAUCUUUUAUCUUUCUCAUUUAGUUUGA